AUGAGUGAAACAUAUAGAUAUCUUGAAGAACUCAGUAGAAUUGUUAAAGUAGAUGAAGAAAAUAGAGAAAGUAUUAUUUGGAAUAGUGUUGAAGGGAUUAAAGGAGAAGAAGAUAGUAUAUUUUGUAAUAAAAAAGGAUCAUUUUUAGUAGAAGAAUUUGUGGGGAUGUAUGGAAGAGAAGAAUUGGAUGAAAUGAUGAAAAGUAUUGGGAAUGAGAAAUAUUACAUAAUAAUAAAUGAUGCCAUGGGAUCAAGAGUAAUAGAAAGUAUUUAUAAAAGAUAUUUAAUGAUAAUUGGAACAAUGAAAGAAAAAGAAAUAGAAGAGAGUAAUAAAAUAAUAACAGAACCAAUAUAUAAAAUAAUAAAAGAAGAAGAAAAGAGAAUAAAAUGGA